AUAAAAUAAAAUACAGAUUAAAAGUGAAUAAAUAAUUGGUGAUAGAUAGUUAGGCUUUGAUAAAAUACAAUGAUAUAAUUGUUUUGCUACCAUAUCAAUAUGUUUAUAUUUAUUUGAUUAGAGUUAUACUUAUAAUUAUUAUUAACAUUCCUUUUUGUUGUUGUUUGUUUAUUAUUAUUUAUUAUUGUCGAGUUAUAUUACGUUAAAUGAGAUGUUAUAUAUACAUAAUUUUAUUAUUUUUAUUGUAGGAUAUAUAAUAUUCAACAAUGACGACAAUUGAAACUCUGCAAGUAAAUGAAAGAUCAUUUACAAUUGCAUUGAAGGCUUUGAGAAUAGGUUGUGGACCUAAUUUAAGCACAAAAAUCUGGAAAUUGAUAAUGGUUGACAAAGAGGUAAGUCACAAAUUUAAUUAUAACUUUAAUUUUUACAAUUUAUCUAUUUAUCACUAUCACUCAAUUUGCAGGGUGUCCAAAUUGGAGUGACAAUGUUCAAUAAUGAAAUAAGCAAAUUUGGAAAAAAGUUUGAAUCCAACAAAACGUAUUUAAUCUCUAAUGGAGAGGUUAGAAACGUUAAUACUAUGUAAUCAAGCAUCCAUAGAGAAAAAGAGAUCAUACUCAAUAGAUACUCUGAUAUAAAGGAAGCAUUCGACGAGAUAGAGUAUAAAAUACCAUAUAAUUUUGUGGAGUUCAACGAUGUGGAACAAAAGCUUGACAAGGAAGAAGAGUUUGGUAAGUGAAAUUAGUUUAAAAUAUUCCUUCAAAUAAAACAUACAUUAAACUCUAAAUAUAUAAUUAUAUAAAUAAAAACAAAAAAAUUGUCACAGAUAUUUCUGGAAUGUUAGUACAAGUACAAAAAAGUCAACAGAUUCCUAUCAAAGGAGUGAACAAGGCUGUGAGAAACAUAACUCUCAUGAACAAAAAAUCUGAACUUGUAGAGAUAUCUUUAUGGGAAGAUAUGGCGAAAAAUGAAGGACAUGACCUUGAACAAAUAACUGGAGGCAAGCCAACUGUUGCAAUUUCCUAUGUCGUGGCAAAAAGGGAAUUUGGUAACAAACAUAUUAUAUAUAUUUUAUUAAAAUAAUACUUCAUUUUUUUAAUUUGUAAUCUACUUAUAUAUAUAUUAUUUAGGUGGUAUACUCUUGCAAAAUACAAUGAGAUCCGUCUUGCAAAUUACACCAACAUGCAAAGAGAUCCAGCUGAUCCAAUCGUGUUCUGAUGUUGAUGAUGAUGCAUUAGCAAUUGCUAAAUUAGCAAUGGCACAAAAAAUAAAACAAGCAAAGGAAAUCACUCUUAAAGAUCUCAGAGACAAUCAACAUUUAUUAUCAGAGGGUGUUUCGUAUUGUUUUACGGGAAUUAUCGACAAAGUUGAAAAUAAAGCAACAAUAUGGUAUGAUUCUUGUAAAAAUUGCAACACAUCUUUCUCCAAAAUUGAUGAGAGUGCAAUAUGCAAAAAAUGCAAUGAAGAAGUUCUUGAGACGUCGCCCAGAUACAGAAUCACAAUAAAUGUUAUACAAGGCGACUGCAAUGCACGUAUUACACUAUUCGGUCAAGUGGCAGAGGUAUAUGUAGGAUGCUCUGUGGAUGAAUAUCUUUCUUCAAUCAAAGAGGGUGAAACAGAAUCCACAUACUAUAGACGACUAAGCACACAAGCGUACACAGAAAUGCGCUUCAUGACGAUGCUAAAGUCUAUAAAAUUUGAUCAACGAGGAAAUCUCAAUAUCGUAGCAAAUGCAAUCGAAAAAAUGGAACCAAUGGAAAGCAUCGAUGUUGGAGAUAUUGAAGAAGAGUUGACUGAAGUGGAGGAAAAGAAACAUUCACCCGAGAAAACAAAAAAGAAAAUUCCGUCUAGAAAAAAACAAACUACGAUGGAGUUGCAGCCCACAGAAUCGCAAAAGAAAAAAAGAAGGAUAACCAAGAAAAAGUUUGAUGACUACAUUGACAUUACAAGUGACGACGAUCUGCCGCUGAACAGCAUUUUGCAAACCAAAAAUAACAAGAAGAGAUCCCCAAUCGUCAAAAUCAAACAAGAAAAGAUUUAAAAUUCGUCUUACUCCUUACUUAGAUAAUUUAGGAUGUUUUUCAUAGAUUUUUUUUGCAUUUUUAUUUAGAAGUAUGAAUAUUACUUUAUUACUUUUAAAUUUAAUCAUUAAUAGUUGCAUUGGUUCCUUUUUUUAUUUAAAUAGUAAAAAUCAAACGUGUU